UUGUUGUAAGUUGAACAUAUUCUUGUGAGGCAUCCUCUUUACUCAACCGCCCGUUAUUAUUCGUCCCCUUCCACAUCUAUCCAUUUCUCCUUUUUCAUUUUCUCUCUCCCUCUCUCUCUCUCAAGGAAGUUAGAUAUGGCGGAUCAUCAAAGCAAAGGAGGAGAAAAUUACUUCCCCUUCCAUCAAAACCAGGAAGCUACAGCAGUAACUGGAAACAGAUACGGAGGACUUGCUCCAAAGAAGAAGCCAUUGAUUUCAAAGGACCACGAACGUGCCUUCUUUGAUUCGGCGGAUUGGGCCUUAUGCAAGCAAGGGGCAGGGCUUUGUAACAGCGUGGCCGUAGAGAAACUACAGCCUAAGCUACAGAGGACCCCAAAGCCACAGCUUCCACCAAGGAGGCCGGUCUGCACAUUCGAGAAGGGCAAUAUCGUUGAAUAGUUAAUUAAAAGGCAAUGUGAAAUGUGUGGCAGUAAAAAGGUCCUCGGAAGGAUUGAUUUAACUGUGCAAUUUUUAGCAGCUAAAUUAAUUCUGAAUGACCCAACUUAUUUUCUUAAAUGAAGGUUGUUGAAAUCAUUUGUAUUAUUGGAAUCAAAUUUGAUUUGGAUAUUAAAUCAUCAAUCUCUCAAUGCUUAAUUUACUCAA